CACGACGAAAUGCCACAAGCACUAUUCUGGUGGGAUGUGAGCGGAGGCUUUUGGUGGAUAUGCCGAUAUCUCAACUAUCUCCUGGUUACCACUGAUAGCAUAACCCUCAUACAUAACCUUUGAAGCAAUACCAGGCUUUGCACGCUUGGACCUUACGAAGUGCCAAUAGCAGGAUAAUGAUCCUAAGCACAUCGCCACUAAGUCGAAGAAACGGUUACAAUAGAACGUUCCUGCACAAUUUCCCAACCCCUGGAUAUCAAUCCCAUAGAACAUUUGCGGUACCUGCUGAACCUGAAGGCCCAAGAGAUAUAAUUUCUGCGAAGCGACAGCUACAACAUAUUCUUAUGCAGAAAUGAGACCAAAUCAAACCAGAAACUUAGAAAUUCCAAGCAGCGAUGGCUUCAUGCCAUAAUGGAUCUAAAC